AUGACGGAGGCCUUGUCAUCGCCUGCUUUGCAGGUAAUCAUACUGGGUUCGGGAGGUGGUCCCCAAGAAUCAAAUACGACGGCGUUUCUCGUUCGUUCAGUGCCCCAGAACUGGCGCAAGGGUUCCAUAGUGGCCGUUGACGGGGGCGUUCACUUGUCCGCCAUUACUCGCCUCAUCGAGGAGGCCUUACCAGAGUCGCCUCCGCCGACACCGACGCCGUCGUCUGUUCCUACUCGCCAGAUCUUGACCACUGGUCCGUUUGCUGGACUGGAGCUGCCCUUCACCACGGCCGCGGCGAACGCUGCUCAUGUGACACGCACCCUCGUCGACACAUAUCUCAUCACUCACCCGCAUCUAGACCACAUCUCUGCCUUUGUCAUCAACACGGCAGGCUUGCCCGGCACUCGCCCCAAAAAAUUGGCAGGUCUCCCGGGCACCAUCAAGGCUCUCAAAGACCACAUCUUCAACAAUGUUAUAUGGCCAAAUCUUAGCGACGAAAACAAUGGAGCCGGCCUCCUGACGUAUCUUCGGCUGGUCGAAGGCGGAAGUCCUGCGCUGGGUGAGGGAUACCUGGAAGUGUGUGACGGACUGCUCGUCAAGACAUGGAGUGUGAGCCAUGGCCACUGCAUGGAGAAGCACACACAUCGUGGGUCCUUUUGCAACCCGGCGCCGACUCGUCAAGGCAGCCAGGAUGGGUCAAGUAUACCACUUCGGCGUGACACCUACUACCCGCAUGCUCAUGACUUUGCAGCACAAUUCGCCCGUCGCGAAACCUUUAACCAUCUUUACCCUCCCACAUCAGCCUUCUCACGGCGCCCGAAGUUUGAGCCACGGCCCUGCGUCAACGACUCGAGUGCGUACUUCAUUCGGGAAGAAACGUACGAGCGUGAGGUACUCAUUUUUGGAGAUGUGGAACCGGAUAGCCUUUCUCUCAGCCCGCGGAAUCUUCUCAUCUGGCAAGAGGCGGCGCCCAAGAUUGCGUCUGGGAAGCUGGCGGCUAUCUUUGUGGAAUGCAGCUACACAGACGCCCAACCCGACGAGCGGCUAUUCGGUCAUUUGAAGCCCGCCUAUCUGAUCGAGGAGAUGCAAGUUCUAGCAAAUGAAGUAGAUGCCGCACGAAAGGCACGUGCCCUUGAGUCUAAGAAGCGCAAGCGGGAUGCCGAAGAGGAGGAGGCGGAAAUCCAGCGUAAGAAGGUACCGGUCGUGAACAUGCAGAGCCCUGGGUCUGAUGACCCCGUAUCUCCCAAAUCGGCCAACCCGUUCAACAUGCCCACCGAUUAUUAUUUCUCCGCCAAAGAUUCCGACACGCCGCACAUUGCCACCCCUACUGGCGAGCUAUCACUGGACGAGUUUGGGGUUGAUGGUUCGGGGAUACCGCCGCUGACUCCCGCCAUUACUGCCGCUGCGGAUUCUGCUGUAAAGAAGCCCCUUGAAGGCCUCAAAGUUGUCAUCAUCCACGUCAAGGAGACGCUAGCGGAUGGGCCGCAGGCCGGUGACUCAAUAUUGCAGCAACUGCAAGCGCACGAGCGGGAAGCACAGCUGGGCUGUGAGUUUAUCAUUUCUAAACCGGGCCAGAGCUUCUACUUUUGA